AUAGGUAUCUCCGAGAACAUAGUGGUGAGUAUAACAAUGGAAGGCAUGAAGAGUGAGAAGGAAACACUAGCAUCAAGUAAUAGCGAGCCUAAGAAGAAGAAGAUAAUUAGUGAUAGAAAGGCUUCUUGGGGUAAGCUUGUUGGCCGUGUUGAUUCCCUCAAUUUGGAGGCUGCAAGAAUUCCUUCCACCUAUCACCGCCAUUUGAUAAGUUGGAGAACAACAUUGAGCUUAGCAUUUCAAAGCAUAGGGGUGAUAUAUGGGGACAUUGGAACAUCUCCACUUUAUGUGUAUUCAAGCACCUUCACCGAUGGUAUAAAAAACACUGAUGAUCUUCUUGGAUGCCUCUCUCUCAUCAUCUAUACCAUUGCACUCGUUCCCUUCCUUAAGUAUAUUUGCAUCGUUCUGUGGGCUAAUGACAACGGUGAUGGUGGGACAUUUGCAUUGUACUCUUUGAUUUGCCGGUACGCUAAGGUGAGCUUAAUUCCAAAUCAUCAACCAGAGGAUAUGCAACUUUCAAAUUACAAACUGGAAACACCAUCAAACCAAUUAAAGAGGGCACAAAAGAUUAAGGACAAGCUAGAGAAUAGUAAGUUCGCUCAGCUUCUGCUUUUUGUUGUGACUAUCAUGUCAACCUCUAUGGUCAUCGGAGAUGGAAUUCUCACACCAUCCAUUUCAGUACUUUCUGCAGUUGGCGGGAUCAAAUCAAAGAGUGAAUCACUUGGCCAAGGUGCUGUUGUGGGGAUCUCAAUAGCAAUCUUGAUAAUUUUGUUCUGUGUUCAAAGAUACGGCACUGAUAAAGUGGGCACAACGUUUGCCCCAAUAAUCAUUGUGUGGUUUUCAUUCAUUGGAGGCAUAGGCCUCUUCAACUUGUUCAAAUAUGAAGUUGGUGUGCUUCGAGCUUUGAAUCCAAAGUACAUUGUAGAUUACUUCAGAAGGAAUGGUAAAGACGGAUGGAUUUCUCUGGGUGGAAUUUUUCUAUGCAUUACAGGGACUGAGGCCAUGUUUGCAGACUUGGGUCACUUCAGUGUACGAGCAGUUCAACUUAGUUUCUCCUUUAUUACAUUUCCUGCACUAGUGUGUGCAUACAGUGGACAAGCUGCAUAUCUUAGGAAGUUCCCGGACCAUGUGGCGAAUACAUUUUAUGACUCGAUACCUAGUGCAAUAUAUUGGCCAACAUUUGUUGUGGCAGUUGCUGCUGCCAUCAUUGCAAGCCAGGCUAUGAUUUCAGGGGCAUAUUCUAUAAUCCAGCAGUCUCUAAGUUUGGGAUGCUUCCCUAGUGUUAGUGUCAUACAUACCUCUGCCAAGUAUGAAGGUCAGGUUUACAUACCCGAGAUCAACUACAUUCUUAUGAUCUCGUGUGUCAUAGUCACCGCCGCCUUCCAAACCACAAAUAAUAUUGGCCAUGCUUAUGGGAUUGCUGUGUGCAUGGUGAUGCUUGUCACAACGGCCAUGGUUGCUCUUAUAAUGCUUGUUAUAUGGAAGACAAAUAUAUGGUGGAUUGUUCUUUUUGUUUUGGUAUUUGGUUCGAUCGAGAUUGUGUAUUUAUCAUCCAUGUUAACUAAGUUCAUUCAAGGAGGCUUUCUUCCACUAGUACUUGCUUUGUUCUUGAUGGCUAUCAUGGCCAUUUGGCAUUACACACACAAAAAGAGGUAUAUGUUUGAGGCCAACAACAAGGUUUCUAGUGAACAUCUAAGAGAAAUAGUAAGCAAACAGGUUGUAUCCAGAAUACCUGGAGUAGCACUUCUAUUCUCAGAGCUAGUUGAAGGAGUUCCACCCAUUUUUGCUAAAGUUGUUGCCAACAUACCUCAUAUCCACUCUGUUGUUGUGUUUGUUUCCAUGAAGUCCAUCCCUAUUAGCAAAGUCGCAUUAGAAGAGAGAUUCCUUUUCAGACAAGUUCAGCCAAAGGAAUAUAGAAUCUUCCGCUGUGUGGUGAGGUAUGGCUACAAUGAUGUGAUUGGGGAACCAAAAGAGUUUGAGGAACAAUUAGUUCAACAGCUAAAAGAGUUUUUAAGACUUCAAAAUUUUACUCAUGUAUACGAGGGGGUGGGAGUUGGUGAUGCUGAGCAUCCAGAUUACCAUUUGCAAGUGAGUAUCCAACAACAGCAAUCCAGCAGUGAAUGGUUUGCUAAGGAUGGAAAAGGUUCUUCUAAUCGAAUAAUGCCUGCAUCAUUUUGUUCGCACCAAGUGGAAGACCAAGUGGUGCAGUCCCAAUCUGGUCAACAACAUUCAAGGUCUAACCCUGCCAUAAAUGUGUCCCAUGCUUCAUCAGGCUCCAUUCAGUCAUUUGGAGCAGUUAGUAGAAUCUCAAACCCAACUCUGCAGGUAAUAGAAGAGGAGAUAGCAUUUGUGCAGAAAGCAAUGGAGAGAAGUGUGGUCUACAUGUUGGGAGAAGCCGAGGUGGUGGCAGAUCCCAAUGCAUCCGUUUUAAAGAAAAUAGUGGUCAAUCAUAUCUACAGUUUCUUGAGGAGAAACUUCAGGCAGGGAGAACAUCUAAUUGCAAUCCCACGUUCAAAGCUACUCAGGAUUGGAAUGACAUAUGAGAUAUGAGAUAUGAUGACACACUGAAAGAUCAAGAAUGCUCUAAAGAUAAUUAGUAAGUAAAUAAGAAAUAUGAAUAUUGUACUUCAAAUGGUUUGGCUUUUGCCUUUCGUAAUUGGCUUGAUGCCAACUAGGUUGUUGGUUGUUACCAUGAAAUAUAAUGUAAUCAUAUAGUACUAAAUGUAAUGGAUUUUGUUGUUGUGCA